AUAUUUUUUUGGGAUAAUCUGUGACUGGUAAAAUAAAAUUGUGAAUGUAAAAUAGCUACCAACUGCAGCUGUUUAGUUUACAGCAGUGAAGCACCAUUAACAUCUUGGCUACAAAUGACCAAAACAAAUCUUAUGUUUAAAGGUUUGAAACUAAAUAAGUUGGAAAAUUUUUGAAGAAACACGUGCAAAUAAUUUUCACCUUUCAAAUAAAAUUUCAUUUUGCUACCAUUGCUCAAAAAAAAAAUUUUCCAGUCACAAAUGCAUUUGUCCACUACAAUCACUUUCCUCAGCUUCUUUAAUCAUUUAAAGUUUUUCAGCAACUUCUUUAUUGUUCUAACUACAAACAUUUGGUAAUCAUUGUAUCUUUCUCGCAGAUUGACUUACAAUGUGCCUGUUGUCCGAUAAGCCACAUCGGGUUAAACCUGGAAUUUUGCAAAACAUGUGCUAUGCAACAUUUAAAGUUUCGAACAAGUCCUUUACGACCUUCACAAUUAAAAAUUACAUAAUUGUAAUAAAUAUCCAGGGCAUUGAACUCAAAACAUUGUUCAAUGAUUUACACUGCCAUAUAUUUUGCAUUUUUGUACAUUAAUAGUACUCACUCAAGUCCAUGUAUGGUGUCUCAGUAUAAUGUACAAUAGAGGUUCUAAUAUUUCAUUCUGGAGAAAAAAUUAAUAAAAAAAAAAGUUUCAGCAGGUAUGAGAAAUAAAUUACAGUGAACAGUAUUUUUUAAUAUACCUUGCAUUCAAAAUGUGGUUAUAGUUUUUUUGUGGGUUGGAUAAUUUUUCCUGUAAUGUAUGGUAUAGAGUUUGAAUUUAUUUUAUAUCUUUGUUACAAGCAACUAAAUGUAUCCAUGUUGAUAAAUUUUUAAUUUUUAAAUAAUUACUCAUUGAUUUUGAUUUGUUUGGGUGAAUAGAUUAUUUUCUUUGUGAAUAUGUUAACUACCAGUAUUACAUCUCAACAUACCGCAUAUUUUAAAUCAAGACUUUUUUAUGUUAUCCAAAAGAAUGUUGUUUGUAAAUGUGUUUAGCAGAAUAUUAUUUAUAUGUGAAAUGGUUUGGUGAAGAAAAAUGUUUUCAAUAAAUUGUAGUCUUAGGCAGUUUGCAAUACUUCAUUUCAGUUCAUAUGCACAAUUGUUUACUUCGUAAAAUUAAACAAUUUUACAUGGUAACAAUAUUGAAUAAUAAGUGUGAUUGUGAAAAUUUCUAGUCACUUUCUGGCUCUCUUAAAAAUUAUAUCAAAUAGUUUUUAAUUCUGUAGAAUGUCUACACAAUGCAGGUUUUAAAAUUCUUUUGUAUGCUUAUAACUUUGUUGUGGGUAAUUUAUUCUGGUUUAAUGUUACCUGUAUUUAACUUUUUUUUAAUAUAAUUUGCGAAUGGAGUUUUCUAAUCAAAACAAUUCUGUUAAAAUCAUCACAAACUGUUUCCUGCAUUAUAAAUUGCUAGUAGUCAUGUUGUGCAAACACUGCAAGUUACUGCAAUCUAUGAAAACAAAAAAUGGUGGUCUUUAUAUUCCUGCUUAAGGCUUUGUCUAUGCUGAGUUGAGUAUUUAAUUUUGUGGUCAGUACUAAAAAUUAAGGGAUCUUCCUGUAAAUUUAUUUUGAUAGCUUUCUUGCUUUUAUUAUUGGGUCACUGGUUUUUAACACCGGAUAUUUACUAGACAUUUUUAGGCUGGAAAAGGUUUGCGCUGUCAGUCAUAAUCAUGAACAAUUGCAUGAAUUUGGGUCAAAACAUAAAAUGCAAUAGAGCUGUCAUGAAAUAUCUACAGGAAAGCCGUCAAAUAGUAGAAAUAACAGGUUGGAAAAUAAACAGCAUGGAGUGUGAAACCAGUGUUAAGAAUGCUAUUUAAUUUUUAUUUUUGUUCAAGAAAUUUUUUUUUGUCUUAUUACUAGUUAAGGUGUUUGGCUUUCAAAACUGUAUCUUUUAUUGAUGCAACUUGGAUACUGUUCAAGCUACAAUAAAUUUAAAUUUAAAUUAAAUUGUUUGUACAAACAAUUUUCAAGCUUUAAACAUUUUAAAUUUCAACUAGAGGUAAAAUAAAAUCUAAAUUUUUAUGUACUUAGAGUUUGAUUAUAAUUUCAUAAAAUUGUAAAUUUUUAUCACAUGGGCCAUAAUAUUGUGACUGUCACAGUAACCAUCAUAACACAAUGAAAAUUAGUUUUUUAUGUGUGUAAUAUUGAGUAUAUGUACAUAAUAUAAGUACUUUCUAAAACUUGAGUAACUAUGAUUAAAAAAAUAUUUAUAUAUUUGUUUAUACCCAAGAAUUUGAUGUGAUGAAAGUUUUUGAAAAAAAUAACUUUUAGGUGAUUAACUGUGCCAAUAAUUUUUGUUUUAAAAUUUAAAUAUAAAAUUGUAUUGUAUGACCAGAUUUAAUUGAGACUGGUGAGUUGUUUCUGGUGAUGUUUAUUUACGAACAAUAGUGUAUUUUAUAGUCUGAAGCAUCCAGCAUAUUAUAAUAUUAGUUGAGUCUGUUGAGUUCACUCUGUGAUGUAGAUUACCUAUAACAAUAUUUCAUUUCAAAGCUAUUGUGCCUGUAAAUUAACUUAAUGUGCUUGCUAAACAAGUAUAUAUUAAAACAUUUAAGUUAUUUUACUUUUUGUUUGUGAUAAAGUUUUAUAUAUUUUUAAAUUCUGAUAAUUGUGUUAAUUUGUACCAACAAUGAAAGAUUGGAAAAUUUUAAUACAUUCCCUUUAUUAUAUGCUUCAUACACUCUCUUAUAUUACCAACAGUAGUAUGUUCUCCCCCACAUUAAGUAUUGCUGAGUGAUUUAGAUUUAUGGAAGAAAAUGCACUACAGAUUUGCAUAUAUAACUACUGGUAAUUCUUUAAAAAAUACAAUUCAAAUUGCAGUUUAAAUUACGUAUUUUGGUAAAACUUCAAAAAUUAUGUUGUUAUUGUUUGAGAAAUGGUUUCUCUUUGAAGAUAAAAAUAAAGUACCUAUGAAACAAAAGCAGUUCUGAAAUCUCAAAUUUCCUAGUACAUAAAUUACAAGAUAAGAAUAGAACAGCAUUAUUAGUGUGAAAGAAGUUCCUUCUUUCAUGAAUUGGGGUUUAUCAUUUGUAUUUAUGUAUUUUUAGCUCUGAUAAAAUAUGUAUCUUAAAAGUAAUUUAGUUUCUUAACAAUAAGAACAAAAAUGCAAACUUAUGAAUUGCACUGGUGAGUUUUACAUAAGUAAUGUACAAAAUUUUUUUUACAAAUGAAUUGUGUCUGAAUCAAAUUGUUUUUCAACACAGGUAUUGAGAAUGAUUUUUUUUUUAGUAUUGGUGUGCUCUGAUUUGUGUUUAAAUGAAUGAAAAUGUGCAUGUUAGGAUCAAUCUUUUGUACUUUAGAUAUUGUGAGGUUUGCUUUGUAAUAUGCAAGACAUGCUAGUACACUUAUGUGUGUAGUGAACUUCAUAUUGAUGGGGAAUGUGUUUAUGCUGUUAUACUUUGUUAUUUAUUCAGAAAUAAAACAUCUAACAAAAUUAUUGCUAGAAAUUAAUUUUGUUCUUUUAUCUCUUGUUUUGUAAAUUUUUUAAAUUUAUGGUUGGGAAAUCAAAAUUUAUCUCUUAAAUAUGAGUAAUAUUUUUAUUCUUUCUUUCAAAUUAGGAUACCCAGAGUAAAAGCCUCUUAAGGUUAAUAACUGCUGACGUGCAUUUAUCUCAUUUGCAAUAUUGAAAUUUUUUAUGCCUUUUUUAUGUUGUGAUACAAAUAAAUUUAACACUUUUUAAGCAACACAAGUACGUACUUUUAAACAGAAACUCUGAAUACUGCAUAUUCAGUGUAUAGGGGGUUUGCAUGUUAAACUGGAAUGUGUAUGUUUUUGUCAGUAAUUAUGACAGGACUUUCAUACAACUGCCAAAUUGAAGAUUUUGUAAGCAUUAAGUUUGGUAUGUGAACAAAAUUUAAAUGUUAAUUUUUGUUAUAUUUAAUGCGAAGUAUUUGUUUAGUUACAGUUUUCAGGUGUUACGGUUUACUGCCGUGAAGACGAUGUAGCAAAUAUGGCCAAACCUUUAAUGUUAGGAAAAGUCUAAGGUGACAACAUAUCUCUCUAAAUAGUUGCAGCAGCGAAUUAAUUUAAUGCAUGUUUUGAUGGUGCCGGACACAAGUAACCGCUGAGGGACGGUCAUAUGAUUUUCGCUGGUGGGGGGGAAUGGCCUUGUUGCCAUUGCAUCUGUUGAAUCGCCUCUACCUACAUGGGCACAACCAGGAUUUUUGGAAGAGGUGAGUCUAAGGAAGCGGUAAUAAUACUGUGAGGUAUUGAUAAAUUGUAAAUAUAACAAACACUUUAAUCUGUGUUAUUAACCAAUAAUUUUAGCAACAAGAAAUUGACCGCAAAAAUUCAAAAGUGUGUAACUACUCUAUGGAGUAGGCUAAUUUUGUGCUUCAUGAUACGCCUGUCUCCAAGGUGUACAUAUCUCUUUGGCGUUACAGAGUCAGAGUCGGUGAUGAGCGUAACAAUACUAAGAGUUGUUGGAUUGUAAAUUGUUUGAUACUUAAUUUGACUAUUAAUGGUGUAUCCUCACGCCGGUUUUUUUUCUUGAAUCCAGUUAGUGUGUUGUAAUAUCUCAGUAUUUCAGAGUACUGAAACUGUGCUGAUUAAGUUAAUUUACGUUUUGCAUUAUCGUCGCCUAGCCACAACGUCAUAAGGACUCUAUUUACAUUCUCAGGAUGUUUGUUUGCAAACUGUGUUUUGUUUUUAAACCGUAUUUAAUGGCUUUUGAGACACGUUGACACUAUAAAUUUUAUUUAAAUUAUUAUUUUAUGAACAUUUUCGGCCGUUAAAUACAGUUUCUUUUGAUUUCUCGCAUGGUGCUUCGUGAUUGGCUGAGGUUUGCCGGCGCCUGUAAAGAAGCGCGAGGAUGAUGGGAAAUCGAACGUUUUCUACCGUUUGGUCCAGUGAGACUGCCAGUCCUGGCAGCAGUGAUAAUUAAAGUGUAAUUCACGUGUGCGGGCGCGAUCACGGUGUAAUGCUAUGCCACUUAACUAGCGGGCCCUUAAAUACUUUAGAGAGGACCUUGUCUAGUGGGCCGGCGAGGUAUUGAAUAGCGCUCCUCCCGAAUAAAAAACGAUAAAAAGGUUUUUAAACCAACCUCAUACUUAAAUUAAGCGAAUGUAUUCUUUCCUGGUAAAUUAGAUUCGAGUUAGUUUUAGAAAUGCUGAUAGAAUUACGGUGAAGUCGCGUCAUUACAUGAGAAUAACAUUUUUGAAAGUUUCAUUGUGAGAAAUCAUGAAGAGAGAACUGGAAUAUAAAAAGGUGGCAGCACUUGAGGAAGGAUGCCUGCCAGGAAGGGGCUCCUCGCUCCGCAGAACACUUUUCUGGACACCAUCGCCACGCGCUUCGAUGGCACCCACAGCAACUUCGUGCUGGGCAACGCGCAGGUGCCGACGCUGUACCCCAUCGUGUACUGCUCGGACGGCUUCUGCGAGCUGACGGGGUUCGCGCGCGCGCAGAUCAUGCAGAAGGGCUGCGCGUGCAAGUUCCUGUACGGCCCGGACACCGCCGACGACCACAAGGCGCAGAUCGAGAAGGCCUUGGAGUGCAAGACCGAGCUCAAGCUGGAGGUCAUCUUCUACAAGAAGAAUGCGACCCCGUUCUGGUGCCUGCUGGACAUCGUGCCCAUCAAGAACGAGAAGCGCGAGGUGGUGCUGUUCCUCGCCUCGCACAAGGACGUCACGCACACCAAGAUGGCCGAGCUGAGGAUAUGUGAGUUGUACGACAGUGACGCCAAUGGCAACGUGGACCCGGAGGCGCCGCCGGCCAACUACGAAAGGCGCAGGAGUCGGGCCGUGCUGUACCAACUGUCGGGCCACUACAAGCAGGACAAGGUGAAGACCAAGCUCAAGCUCAACAACACCCUGCUGCAGCCGUCGGCGGGCCCGCUGCCGGAGUACAAGACAGCGGCGCUGAAGAAGUCGCGCUUCAUCCUGUCGCACUACGGCGUGUUCAAGAGCUGCUGGGACUGGCUGAUCCUCAUCGCCACCUUCUACGUGGCCGUCGUCGUGCCGUACAACGCCAGCUUCGUGAACCUCGACCGGCCGUCCAUGGUCAGCGACGUGGUGGUCGAGGCGCUCUUCAUCGUCGACAUCAUCCUGAACUUCCGCACCACGUACGUGAGCCGCAAGGGCGAGGUGGUGUCCAACUCGCGAUCCAUCGCGCUCAACUACCUCAAGAGCUGGUUCCUCGUGGACCUGCUGGCGGCGCUGCCCUUCGACCUGCUGUACGCCUCCGACGUCUACAGCGGCGAGGGGGCGGGGCACGGCCACAUCCACAUGCUGAAGCUGACGAGGCUGCUGCGGCUCGCGCGGCUGCUGCAGAAGAUGGACCGCUACUCGCAGUACAGCGCCAUGAUCCUCACCCUGCUCAUGCUGUCCUUCACGCUGGUCGCGCACUGGCUCGCCUGCCUGUGGUACGUCAUCGCCGAGAAGGAGCGCGUCCGGAACGACAAGGACUGGGACCUGGGCUGGAUUCACACGAUGGCGGACCGCCUGAAGGUGCCGGUGGAGAACGUGAGCCACGCAGAGUCGUACGUCACGGCGCUCUACUUCACCUGCUCCAGCCUCACGAGCGUGGGCUUCGGGAACGUGUCGGCCAACACCAGCUCCGAGAAGAUAUUCAGCAUCUGCACCAUGCUCAUCGGAGCGCUGAUGCACGCGGUAGUGUUCGGCAACGUGACAGCCAUCAUCCAGAGGAUGUACUCGCGCCGGUCCUUGUACCAGACCAAGUGGCGGGACCUCAAGGACUUCCUCACCCUGCACCAGAUCCCCAAGGAGAUGAAGCAGCGCAUGCAGGACUACUUCCAGACCAUGUGGUCGCUCAACCACGGCAUCGAUAUCCAUGAGACGCUGAAGGAGUUUCCCGAAGAGCUGCGCGGAGACGUCUCCAUGCACCUGCACCGGGAGAUCCUGCAGCUGCCCAUCUUCGAGGCGGCGUCGCAGGGCUGCCUCAAGCUGCUGUCGCUGCACAUACGCAGCAACUUCUGCGCCCCCGGGGAGUACCUCAUCCACAAGGGCGACGCGCUGCAGUACAUCUACUACCUGUGCAACGGCUCCAUGGAGGUGGUGCAGAACAGCAUGGUGGUGGCCAUCCUGGGGAAGGGCGACCUGUUCGGCUGCGACAUCACCAUGUACCUGCAGGGUUCCGGCGGCGGCGGGGGCGGCUGCGGGGGCGGGGGAGGGUCCGGCGGCGGCGGCGGCGGGGGAGGCGGCAACAGCUCCGACGUCGUGGUGAAGUCGAGCUGCGACGUCAAGGCGCUCACCUACUGCGACCUCAAGUGCAUCAACAUGCAGGGGCUGGUGGACGUGCUGCGGCUGUACCCGGAGUACCAGCAGGAGUUCGCGCACGACAUCCAGCACGACCUCACCUACAACCUGCGCGAGGGCUACGAGGCGGAGCAAGAGUCGGACAUGAACGGCGUGCCGUCGCUGACGCUGCCCUCCAUCAGCGAGGACGACGAGAACAUCCCGGAGGAGGGCGAGACGUCCCCGCUGUCUCCCCCCAGCAGGUCGCCGCUGCACGCCUCCGCCAGCCCGCGCCACGCCAAGUUCAACCCCAGGGUGGAGGAGCUGCGAGGAGGGGCGGGCGGCGAGGCGGGGCCCCGCGGCGGCCGGCGGGGCAAGGACCGGGCUAGGGCCGCCAACCAGCGCACCGGCUCCCUGGAGGGGCUCAGCUCUGAGCUGCGCGGCGAGGUGGAGCAGACGAGGAGCAGCGUGGAGCGGCUCGACACCCAGGUGUCUUCCCUGCACCACGACGUGGCCACGCUCAGCCUCGAGGUGAGGAACGCGAUCCAGGCGCUGCAGGAGCUGGCGAGCAGCAACUCGGCCAUGUCGGCGCGCUACCCCUACCCGCUGCCAGUCCACUCCAACCCCAGCCUGCCGGACAGCAGCAGCCUGCGUCGCGGGCACGCAGCGUCCCUGCAGCGCAGCUCGUCGCACCCGCCCGACAUGUUCUGCUGGGACGACGGCGGCGGCUCGGGCAGCGUGGUAGGGGCGGCGGGGGCGGUAUGCCGCGCUGACUGCAGCACGCAGACCGAGCCGCCGCCCCCCGACCUCGCCGACCCCCGGCGGGUGCUGCUGGCCCUCGGGCUGGACCCCGACGCGCUGCUGCCUCCGCCGCCCCCAGCGGACUGGAGCCCCUGGCACGACGGCCGGCGCCGGCAGCCGCAGCACCGGUACAGCGCGGGCGACGCCGAGGGCGGGUACCCCGGGGCGCCGGGGGUCGUUCCCGCGUCGCGGUCGCUCGUCCUGCACCCGUUCACCACCUGA